CUGCCUGCUGAUUGGACUAUGUUUCUGCUGGGCGUGAGGUGAAGAGGCAGAGUGGCGGCAUGGCGGCGGCCGUGUGGGGCGUGCAGCAGCUGAUUGGGCGGGCAGGGCGAGCGGUCUUUCUUCUUGCGCGGCCCCCGCAGCGGACUUCUCAACUGCUUUGCACAGUGACACAGGAGAAAAGCACUGGACCAAACUUGGAAGAGGAGCCAAAUCGGACCCAACAGGAACAAAAAUCUGAUAGUGUCUCUCCUGAAAAGAUACUAAUAGAAGAAAAGACCAAACUGGAAGAACAAUUAAAAGAAGUUACUGACAAGUAUAAACGUGCCCUUGCAGAUGCAGAAAAUCUGCGACAAAGAACUCAAAAAUUGGUAGAAGAAGCAAAGUUAUAUGGAAUUCAGAGUUUCUGCAAGGACUUACUGGAAGUUGCUGAUGUUCUGGAAAAAGCAACUGAAAGUGUUCCCAAAGAGGAACUCAAAGAUGAAAACCCUUAUCUCAAAAACCUUUAUGAAGGUCUUGCCAUGACUGAAGUUCAAAUACAGAAAGUGUUCAAAAAACAUGGCUUGAUGAAACUGAAUCCUCUUGGAGCCAAGUUUGAUCCCUAUGAACAUGAAGCAUUAUUCCAUGUUCCCAUGGAAGGCAAAGAGCCUGGCACUGUUGCCUUAGUAUCCAAGGUUGGCUAUAAGUUGCAUGGCCGUACUUUGAGACCCGCUUUAGUAGGUGUUGUGAAAGAACCUUAGCAGUGUAAUCUCAAAGAAUUAGAGUGCAACAAAAUGUAUAGAUAACCACAUAAAGACCCACUAAACAUAGUGAUGAUUCAGCAAAAAAUGUGGGAGGCUAAACUAAACGGUGGAUGAAGCAAUGAUGCAAAUGAAGUGUAGAAAAUGUGUUUUUAAAAAUAAAUACAGAUAAUGUGGAAAGGACAACAAAGUGAGUGGGAUGAAUUGCAAGCAUGGGCCAUCUAUAUUCUUUGAAUAAUAGUAUGGUGAUUAUUGAAAAGUAUUCUGCAUUGUAAUUAAGCAGUUUAUUAACAAGAAUAAUGAAAUAUUGGUUGUCCAGAAUGAAAAUAUUUGAUCUUUCAGUGUCAUUUUAUAUGUAUACAUUAGCAUUUUGCUUUAUUCUUUUAUGGAUACAGAGUUGGACGCCAGCCUAUAUCUAUUUACAUUGCUUCUGUUCCCAUGGAAAGCAUUUAAUUGUAUUUGAAAUAACACAAGUACUUAGUGUAAAUGUUCACUUAGUUUAAAUAACAUUGCACAACUUUGAAAUGACAA